CACAUUUAUGAUACUCUCGUCGACGGUGAAAUGGUAAUCGACAAGGAUAAAAAGACAGGUCUAACUAUACCCAGAUAUUUGAUAUACGAUGUUGUGUGCUACAAUGGGGACAGCUACAUCGAGUACGCUUUUUUCUCGGAAACACUGUUCAGCCGUUUGAAAUGUAUCACUGAAAAUAUCAUAGCUCCUCGCCACGGAGCAAUGCAACACCGUCUUAUCAACAGAGAUCGCGAACCAUUCGGUGUUCGUGCCAAAGAAUUUUAUGAUGUGAUAGCAGCGAAAAAAUUGCUCGCGCCAAAAUUCACCGAGUCUCUUGGCCAUGAACCAGACGGACUCAUCUUCCAGCCAUCCCUCGAAGCUUAUAUUCCAGGCCAAUGUGAUGUAGUGUUGAAGUGGAAACCACUGACCAUGAAUUCGGUUGACUUCAAAUUGAAGAUUGGCACAGAAAGUGGAGCUGGUAUUGUAACGAAGAAGGUUGGUUAUCUAUAUGUUGGUGGGCUGGAACAACCGUUUGCACAGUUCCCAAAAUUAUCGACACAGAUUAAGCAAUUGGACGGAAAAAUAAUCGAGUGCAAAUUCGAGGACAAUCAAUGGAAAUUCAUGCGUGAAAGAACUGACAAAUCGUUCCCGAACAGCUUCAAAACGGCCAAGGCGGUAUGCGAAAGUAUUAGAAAUCCGGUAACAACCGAAAUAUUGGAAGAAUAUAUUGAACGAUGCCGAUACAGAGAAUUGAUGCCACCACCACGUCAUCCGCCACACUACUGAUCAAUUCGUACUAUUUGAACAAAACUCAAAAACGACCCUGCCCUUCCAAAACAAUGACCAAUUAACAUCUGUUACAUUAAGAUUGAAAUGUACAUCAAACACCCCAUUUUGUACGCUCAAAACUAUCAUUUUUUAGACGAAAUCAAGGAAAUGAAGUGGCAAAUGAUAAUGAAUCAUUUAGCCAUCAGGCUAUUUUUGUGUUUAAAACAGAACAACAACAGCAAAACAAAAAUAUCGUGAACUUCUCUAAGUUAAAAAUUUCUUUAUUUUUUCAUCUCAUAUUUCGUCAAUCGCUUCAUUUUCUGUAAUUGGCAACAUCAAUGAAAAUGCACAUUAUUUUAUAAAUUGAUGCAUUGUUAAAUGAAUGAAAUAAAUUUUCAUGUUAAACGAAAA